UCAAAAAAUGUCAGUGGGUACUAAAAGUCAAAGAUGGCCGACGAAGGGGAGAACGAAGUCUAUUCACAAGACAUAAUGGUGGAUAGCAAAGAGGAGGGAGAAGCAUUACCAAAGAGUGAACCUAAGAAAAACUUACUAAAAUGGAUGGAGAUCACAUUGUCAGAACCCGAGAGGCGUGUUGGGAUCUCCAUGAAGAUGCAGGAGACAUACAUGGUCUAUCUGAUAGAGACAAAAAUAACUGAUGAAACAGUAGAAGGUUAUGGUGAUCCACCUACUUCUAUAUGGAGAAGAUACAGUGAAUUUGAAAUGCUGAGAAACUACUUAGAAGUCAUGUACCCUUUUGUGGUUGUGCCUCCUCUACCAGAAAAGAAGGCCACAUUCACUUGGCAGAAGUCAACUACAGAUAAAUUUGAUCCAGAAUUUAUUGAGAGGAGAAGAGUCGGCUUAGAGAAUUUUGUUUUAAGAGUAGCAUCUCACCCAUUAAUGUCUCAAGAUGAAUUAUUCAGGGAUUUUCUCAAACAGGAAGAGGGGUGGAGAGAAAAACUAAUUGAAACUGGAUACCAAGCAAAGGGUGAUUCAAAACUGCGAACAUUGAGUGCUUCCUAUAGAAUUAAGAAGCCAGACUCCAGGUUUGAAGAAAUGAAGAGUUACAGCAAUGAGUUGCAGUCUCACAUUGGAAAUGUACUGAAAAUUAGAGCUAAAUUAUGUGACAGGCUGUAUGCAUAUCACAAAGUUAAUGCCAACUAUGGCCGUGUCUUCAGUGAGUGGAGUGCUCUGGAGAAAGAAAUGGCAGAUGGUUUACAAAGUGCUGGACAUUUUGUUGACGUGUAUGCUUCAUCCAUAGAUGCUCUGUUAGAGGAUGAAGAACAGUUUGCAGAUCAACUGAAGGAGUAUUAUGCUUUCUGUGAUGCUGUAAGGAAUGUCUGCAGGAGACAAGAGCUUGCUCAACUCAACAUGGAGAAAGCCGAGGAAAACUUAACUUAUAAAAGGAACCAGAGGGACCAGCUGGCAGAAGGCAAGACAUCAGGUUUGUCGUUGACUGGACUGAAGAGCAAGCUGUUUGGAGGAGACACGGCAGAGCAGAGAGAAGAGAAGCUGAAAGUUCUGGAUGAACAGAUCAAAGAAGCAGAGGCACAGGUCAAGACACAGACAGAGGAGGCAAGAGAAUUUGUUAAAGAUGCACUGCAGGAUUUGGAGCGGUUCCAGAGACAGAAGGUCAAGGACUUGAAGGAGAGUUUCACCAAUUAUGCCUUAUUUCAGAUUGAAAGAUGUAAAAAGGGCAUAGAAGUAUGGCAGAAAACAAGAGAGUGUUUCGAGAAGAUGUGAAUCACCAACCACUGUCAUUUAUUAAGCUAUGUUUGAUGAUGAGAUUGGACCAGUGAAAUAUCCAAAGACCAUUCCCAUAGCUUAUAUAUUAGUUUAUUGUCGGGAUGCAAGGCAGUUGUGUGGAAUAGACUCAUUGUGUCUUUUAUUUAUUUAUUUAUUUAUUUAUUUAUUUUUUGUGGAGUCAUGACAUACAGAUGUGAACUGUGUCUACCACCUUAAUGGUGUGAUGCACUUGAAUGAGUGGACAGAUAUGAUUAUGGAGAUACUAUUUACACAUUCCCUUGCCACAAGGUUAACUGUAAAAAGGUGACAUUUGCCAGUUCUUAAUGCCAUGCAAAAAAAUUUUUUUUUUCUGUAUUUGUAAAUCACUUUAUAUUACAAUAAUUGUAUUUUGAUUUGGAUAGAGAAGGAUGCUCAGAAGAAGAGAGUGCAGUAAAUUGGAUUUGUUCAUAUAUGGAGAAUAUUUAUGGUAUUAUUCAAUCUUGAAUAAUAAAUGUAUGUGUAGUUAAGAAAUGUUAAAAAAAGUGUAAAGAAAAGGGAAGGAGGUAUAUUUAUUGUUUAAAAGGGGGUCACUAACGAUAAUGACUCUAUUUUUUUCAAUGGGCAAAAAUUACAAUCAUUCAGAUACAUAAUUUUGAAAUCAUAGAUAUUUUAUUUCUAUGUAUAGUUUUCGUGGUGAUUUUAUGGUAUGGAAUAGCUCAGAAGGGCAGCCUGCUUUUCAGAAUUGUUGCUACCACUCAAUAGGUAUGUUCUUAUUUAAAGAAUUUGACUUGAAGAAAUACAACAUCUGAAAUAUUCGCAAUUUUUUCCAUGGAAAACAUCGAGUUAUUACCGUAAUGAGAACAAAAUUUGCCAGUUUUGGAACGUGCAAUCAUGUAGAGAUGUCUUACUGUAAAUAAAACAUCGGUGUUUUAAUCA